AUGGGCAACGAAAGCAGCACAAAUGCCUUUCGUGAUACUCCUAGAAUAGGCGAAGCAAGUUUACUCUAUUGGUCUUGUCGCAACGGCGAUGUACAAGUAACGCGACAAAUUCUGUCUACACAAGACUUUUCUGACAUGAAUCAACUCGAACCGAACGGAUCCACUGCUCUUCAUGCUGCCGCUUUCUUUGGUCACAGCCAAAUAGUGCAUCUCCUUUUGAACGAAUACGGUGUUAUUCGUCACCGAAAAAACAGAUACGAACUGACCGCGUAUCAGGAAGCAUCUACCAAUCAGAUCCGACAGCUUUUCCAGCGUCAUGGGCACAACAGAUUUUGUUCACAUGACGAUGUCAGUUCUCUUUUUGACAUGGCUGCUCCUGCAAAUAGUCAAGAUCACGUGCCAGAAACAAAGCCGAGCAGUGGUUGGGUAAAUAUACACCGUAAUAUGGCGGACUCAUAUCUUAGUUGUGUAAAUUUCCAAAGAAAGUUCCUGACAAAUCCUUUAUGUCAAUUACCUAUGAAGACGGCAUGCAAAGUAUUCUUUUGGCAGGAAAAUGCGGAAAAAAUUAUGACGAGACAACUGCAAGCAGUCAUCCACAGUAGCAUUCCAACGACUCAUUUGGAAUAUCGUAAAGCUCGAGAAUUAUUCUCACAGUAUGCCAAGGAAAAAAAACUCGAGCCACUCCUCCGGCUGUACUCGCUUGAAACGCCUUUCUAUAAGAGUCUUAAUCGGGACAACAGUGAUGCACUCUUUAUGCCUCUUCUAUGGCGGCUGCAAUCGCUCGAGAGUCGGACAUUUCAAGGUCAAUCAUUUCGUGGACUGACGAUGACAGAUGAAGAUCUGAGAGCAUAUCAAUGGGCAUUACACAACAAGAACAGUCUUAUCAGAACAUGCUCUUUUUGUUCGACAUCACUUGAAGAACGGGUAGCCCGGCAAUUUAUCGGUCCGUCAAUUGCGACCGACAAAAAGCGUGUUCUCAUGGUUUUUCAUUUUCCCGAACUAUGUGACACGGCGAUUGCAUUGUACAGGUUGUCGGACAACUUGCCAUGCGUUUCUGAAUACGAGGAUGAGAAGGAAGUCUUGCUUCUACCUAGGACAAUGUUCAUGGUGACCAAUAUCAAACAAUCAGUUGAUUUGAUAAUUAUCUAUCUGGAAAAUGUGAACACGUUUAGUGCGUUGAAGUUUAUUAAGAAAGAGCUCGCUUCAGAGUGA